AUGGGAGACAGCGCAGGUAGUGCACCUACUGACCAGAGCGGCUCCGCCACGGAGAAAAAGCACAUCCUGCUGAAUGCGUUCGAUAUGAGCACCGUGGGACAUCUGUCCCCCGGGCAGUGGAAAAACCCCAACGAUAAAUCGGCCACCAAGCGCAGCCUGGAGUACUGGAUCGAGCUGGCGAAGCUUCUGGAGCGGGGCGGAAUCAACGCUCUGUUCCUGGCUGAUACCUUUGGAGGACAUGACACGUACCAGGGGAAGCUGGACGAGUGCAUUCGCCGGGCGGCGCAAUGGCCCGUGACGGAUCCGUCGAUUCCCAUUUCGGCCAUGGCCGCAGUGACGAAGCACCUGACCUUCGCAAUCACCUCGUCGACCUCCUCGGAGGCGCCGUUCCUGCUGGCCAAGCGGUUCUCGACACUGGACCAUAUGACCAAGGGCCGGUUCGGAUGGAACAUCGUGACCUCGUACAAGAAAGCGGCGUUCAAGGCCAUCGGGCUGGACAGUCCCAUCGAGCAUGAUGAGCGGUACCUGCAGGCGGACGAAUACCUGCGCGUGCUAUACAAACUGUGGGAAGGCUCCUGGGCGUCGGACGCCGUGUCCCCGGACCCGACGACAGACUCGUACAUCAACCCGGACAAAGUGCGCACCAUCACGCACAGGGGGAGAUACUAUACCCUCGAGACGCCGCACAUCGUCGACCCGUCACCGCAGCGGACGCCCUUCCUCUUCCAGGCGGGCACCUCGCCAGCCGGCUCCGCGUUUGCAGCCACGCACGCCGAGGCGAUCUUCGUCUCGAGCCACUCGCCGGCGGUGCUGCGGCCCAAGGUCGAGAGGAUUCGCCGGCUGGCGGCGGAACAGGGGCGGGAUCCGCGCUCGAUCAAGCUCUUUGCGACGUUUACGCCCAUCCUGGGGCGGACGGACGAGGAGGCCCAGGCCAAGUACGAGGAGCUGAGGCAGUACGCGUCCGUGGUCGGGGGGCUCGUCCUCUUCAGCGGAUGGACGGGCAUCGAUAUCUCGCGGAUCCCGCUGGACCAGGAGAUCACGGCGGCGGACUCGGUCGAGGCGGGCCGGAUCGCGAGUGUUUUGGAUGCGUUCACGACCACGAGCAAGGAGAUGCCGCGGUGGACGCCGCGGGUGGUGGCGGAGAAGGCGUCGAUCGGCGGGCUGGGCCCCGUGGCGAUUGGCAGCGCGGCGACCGUUGCGGACGAGAUGGAGCGGUGGAUCGAGGAGGCGGAUCUGGACGGGUUCAACCUCGGGCAUGUGUCGACGCCGGGGACGUUCGAGGACGUGGUCGAGCUGCUGGUUCCGGAGCUGAGGAGGCGAGGGCUGUACGCGGCGCAGGAGGCGGAGGCGGAGGCGGAGGCCCUGACGGCGCGCGAGCGGGUGUAUGGGAAGGGACAGAGGGGGCUGCGCGAGGAUCACCCGGGGAGUCGAUACAAGUACGAUGUCAUAUCAUUCCUGGAAUGGAUCCCAUUGACCCUCCACCGUGAUCGUCCUGUUGAUCUGAUGAACGGCCCAGACGCAACGAAACGCAGAGACCAGCCAGCCGCCUCUGCGCUGUCAGUCUGUCACAUUGCGGCGACUCCAUCCCCGCUGGAUCCUUGCAUGAUGCAGGAGUCCGAGCUGGUGGCCAUAGUCCAGUCCUCGCUCCACAGGACGAACACCGGUUCUUACGGAUCGGGUACACUACCAUCGGUCCAAGCUCCCAACACCAGGAACGAGACGCGAACGAGAUUCUCAACCAACCGAGACGGGCAAAAGAAUCAAUUCAAUCGACGCAUAAUUCUCGAUCUACCGCGAUCGCUCAUCGCGAUCCGCUCGCCCCUCCUGGAUCCUCCAGACAUCGUCUCUGGGGCCCUGUCUGGCAGUCGAUUCUGGGCUGUUGGGGACGACAACGGAUUGUCCUCCUCCUUGUCCCAUUCUCCAGCCGCCGACUCGACGGCCGAGCUGUUCCACCCCGUCGCCUUUUCGCGCGACACCUCCGCCACCCUGGCUGCCCUCGCCCUCCAUCCGCCGGGCAUGGGGACGGCGUUGGGCGAGUUGAACGCCCCGCCGCCGUUGAACGUCCGGCGUCCAGCGGCGCCCUCGCUUCCGAGCUUCGAGCUGCCCCCUCCGAACUUCCAGAUCAACGUCGGGACCCCCAAGUAUCCGCUCCAGUCGAAUGCGCACCCUCCGACCCAUCCCAGUGUGAGCAGUCUUUUGACCCCGCCAGCAUCGACUCUGGCCGGCGAGGCGACCGCUCCGACUACGAGCGCGCCGACAACCGCCGUGUCUGCGUCCCCGGAUGUCGCUCCCUCGUAUGGAACGGCUUACUGGUCGGGACACAGUGGCUACGGAAGUACUCCUGGCACCGCGUCGUCGCGCCAGCCGUGGGGUACGGGGACAAACCCGACAUAUGCGACGCGGGACUCGUUUUCCCCGUCGACAUUACACCCGCUGAGCCGAAAUCCACCGACCUCUCCUCCCGUGACCGAAGGCAUGGCGCCGCCGUACGACAUGCACCACCACCUCCCUCCGUUCCAGCAACCGCUUUCCGUUCCUCCGCCGGGCCUCGCGACCGCGACCCCGCAGCAGCAGCAGCAUCCCGCCAUGACGCACGCGAUGUUGGCCAGCAGUCCCACCGGAUUGCCCCUCCCAUCGAAUGAUCCAUAUGGACCCAAGCCGCAGUCGGCGCCCGUCUACGGCGCUGCACAGCAGAUCCCCAGCCCGCACCAGGCCAGUUUCCCCCCCUACGGACAGCCCGGGCUCGGCGUCCAUCCGCCGAGUCGCGUAUCGUCGAAUCCUGCCCUCUCCGCGACGGGGCCCCCGCCGCACCUGGGCUAUUCGCGCCAGCCCUGGCCGUCCUACUCGCUCCCGGCGAUGAACGGGCCGGUCAUGACGAACAUCCACAGUCCGAACGGUCAGAUGUCGCUGCUGGGCAGCAUGCAGCCCGGCAUUCUCCCGGGAUUCAACAGUGGCCACGUGGCCAGCAUGCAGCAGAUGUACGGAGGGCAUCCCCCGCAUCCCAUCCACCAGCCGGGGCCGACCAACGACCGGCCGUUCAAGUGUGACCAGUGCCCGCAGAGCUUCAACCGGAACCACGACCUGAAGCGACAUAAGCGCAUCCAUCUGUCGGUGAAGCCGUUUCCUUGUACGCAUUGCGACAAGAGUUUCUCCCGCAAGGAUGCAUUGAAGCGACAUAUUCUGGUCAAAGGAUGCGGAAAGGACGGGUCCGACGGGUCGAAUAAGACGAGUACCGGGAGUGUCAAGGAGGAGGACAAGGAGAGCGUCGAUACCAAUGGACACAGCUGA